AUGCACGCUGUGGCCAUGAUGUUGCUCUUGCUACACGGCACGACAGCACAGGACGGCUCUUAUUCCGAAAUAACGUCUGGACUUGGACUGAGCAUCCGAGUGCAGUACCCCUCGACGGCCUCGGAGGGAGUCCCGCUCGUGGUCUUCCUCCACGGAACCAAAAUCGACCCCUCGUGGGGCGACACCGACGCCCUUGCCCAGUUUGCGGCGCAAGAAAUGGGAGUCGCGUUUGCCCUCCUGGAGUGGCCAAAUUGGGACGGCUCGGACUACAACUUUGACGGCUUCAGUGUCGAGUACUAUUGCAAUGCCACCGCCGACAAGGCGGCCCAGCUCUUCGGGCACACGGAGACGACCAGCCUCUCCGCGCUGUGCGCGCUAGAAGCCAUCGACUGCUCCAAGGGCGUGGGAGUCGCGGGCUACUCGCAGGGCGCGGCAAUCGGAUCAAUGGCAGCUGCGCUCGACGAUCGCGUGACUGCGUUCUUCAGCAUCGCGCUGAACACGGUGGUGGUUUAUGCCGACUUGGAGGAGGCGACUUGCCAUCGGGACGCGACCCUUCCCGCUAGCGCACGUCGCUACCUGCACGGCGGCGCUGACGCCGACUGGAACCCGGAACAAGUUCCGCUGCCCGCACCAUACAACGACGACCUGGAGGUCGGGAUUUACUCGCUCGUGGCAACGUCGGGCUACGACUGUGGCGAUCAGCUCGACUGCCUGCAGCCCGACGGCUCGGGCUAUUUCAUCGUGCCAGGCGUGGAUCACUUUGACAUUUACGCAUUCUCAUUUGACGAGUGGACCGGCGAAGGCAUGGCCGCCUUCGGGCCCAUGUUGAAUGGGCUGGUGUGGCUCAUGGCGCGCGCCACCACCGACGCGCCGGGGUGCCCAUGUCCCGCGGGGAGCCGCCGGGAGCUGCUCUUUGGCUCCGACUUUCUGCGUGUGCCACUGGGCCCGGACCGUGCUCCGUGGCGCUAG